AACGAUUUGUCAGAUACGGCAGAAGUUCUGGAUUCCUCGUCUGCGAAGACUUCUCCGAAGCGUAAUUUCGAGGUGCAACGUGUGCAAAAUUAAGAACGCUAAGCCUGUGCAGCCAAUGAUGGGACCGCUGCCGAAGGACCGCCUCACGCCAUAUAAUAGACCAUUUACCUUUACAGGAAUGGAUUACUUUGGACCAGUAAGCGUGACUAUUGGGCGCCGAGUAGAAAAGCGAUGGGUAGCACUCUUUACAUGCCUUACGGUACGUGCUAUCCAUUUGGAGGUUGCAUACGACUUGUCCACGGACGCCUGUAUUUUGGCGAUGCGCAAUUUCAUGAACCGUAGAGGAGUCCCACGGAGAAUACGAUCGGACAACGGCAAGAACUUUAUUGGAGUGGAUAACGAUAUGAGGCGCUUCUCAGACGUUUUUGAUUGUCAGGUGGUUCACACAGAGUUGACAUCAAAGGGCGUGGAGUGGCUAUUCAACUGUCCAGCUAAUCCAUCUGAGGGAGGCGUCUGGGAGCGAAUGGUCCAGUGCGUUAAGCGCGUGCUGAGACACACCAUGAAGGAAGUCGCUCCGAGAGAAUUUACGUUGCAAAGUCUUAUGAUAGAAGCGGAGAACAUAGUUAACUCCCGCCCCCUGACACACCUGCCAAUAUCGCCGGAUCAAGAGGAGCCAUUGACUCCGAAUCAUUUCCUGCUUGGGAGCGCCAACACUGCCCAGACCGGUCACAUCGAUGAACAGCCUGUUAACCUGUGUGCUAUACGGAAACAGUGGCGCAUCGCCAGAGAGCUUCGGAAGAGAUUCUGGAAAAGAUGGGUGGCCGAGUAUCUUCCAACGCUAACCCGCCGAGUUAAGUGGUGUCAUCCUAUGAGAAGUCUGAAAGAGGGAGACUUGGUGUUUAUUUGUGACCCAACCGUAUCCAGGAAAGAUUGGCGCCGAGGUUUGGUAGAGAAGGUGUUCACCGGUUCAGAUGGCGAGGUGAGACGUGCGAAUGUGCGUACGGCCACCGGGCUAACACAAAGGCCUACAUCCAGGCUAGCCAUUCUUGAUGUCUCCAGUGGUGAAUCGUGACGGAUUCACGGGGGUGGGAAUGUUGUGAAACAGGGCCCUUUCAUUAUUCGUGCAACUUUGUUUGCAAUAUAGCAUAUGGCAACUCCGUAGUUUCUUCUUGGCUUGGGUUGACGGUUGACAGCACUGAUUUCAAACUAAAAAGAUAUUCAACCCGAGCAGAAGUGGAAACUGCGAAAUAAACAAGAUACAACAUUGUACGUUCUAUUUCAUUCAUUUCUGCGAGGGCCAGCAACA